GGUAAGCAAACGGAAAUAAAGGUUACAUUGGCGAAAACGUUACAGUUCUGUCCCCCUACCUAAAAUCGAUAAGUGAUUGGCUUACUUGAUGGUUAAGAUUUUGUGGGUGUAGUGCUGUCGUGUUCACAAAAGGGGUUCGUCAUGGCCUUGAAAAGGAGAAGGGCGACGUCUCCCUCUAGCAGUGUGAGUGGAGGAGAUUUUGACGAUAGCCAGGCUUCAUCGUUAGUGCCUUCAUUUGGGAGAAAGAGGAGAAGGACCUCAAACAUUCCUACUGUGGAUCCUAUCGCUGUAUGCCACGAACUAUACAACACAAUCAGAGAUUACAAGGAUGACCAGGGGAGGAUGUUGUGUGAGCUCUUCAUUAGAGCCCCGAAAAGGAGGAAUCAGCCAGACUAUUACCACGUGGUGUCUCAGCCUAUUGACAUGAUGAAGAUCCAGCAAAAAUUAAAGAUGGAGGAGUACGAUGAUGUUGAACAACUAACUAGUGACUUUCAACUUUUAUUCAACAAUGCAAAGACUUAUUAUAAGUCGGAAAGUCCAGAAUACAGAGCUGCCUGCAAACUGUGGGACCUUUACCUGCGCACCAAGAAUGAGUUUGUUCAGCGAGGGGAAUAUGAUGAAGAUGAUGAAGAUGGAUAUGACGCACAAGACAACCCUGGAGGAUCUACCGAAGAUGAGAGUGCACCUACCUGUUUGAAAGAAGUCCUUGAGCAGCUCCUUGAUGCUGUGGUGUCGUACACUGAGCCCACUGGUCGCCUUGUCAGCGAGCUGUUCCAGAAGCUUCCCUCCAAAAUGCAAUACCCAGAUUAUUAUGCCAUCAUUAAGGAACCAAUAGAUCUGAAAAUCAUCGCUCAAAAGAUUCAGUUGGGCCAUUACAGGAGUGUCAAUGCCAUGGCUAAGGACAUAGACCUGUUGGUCAAGAAUGCCAAAACCUACAAUGAGCCUGGAUCACAGGUGUUUAAGGAUGCAAACACCAUUAAAAAGAUUUUUGCACAAAAGAAGUCAGAGAUAGAACACGGAGAGCCAAUCAAGUCCAGCAUUCGUAUCAGGAAUAGAAGAUCUGCACAGGGAGACCGCCUCUCAGCUAUCACCAUGGCUCUUCAGUAUGAAAGUGAUGAGGAAGGCAUACUCUCCGGGUCUGUCCACUAUGAUGAGGGAGAAUCAGAGGCAGAGAGUAUGACCUCUAACAUGGACAUGAGUAAUCCCAUCUUCCAGCUGUAUGAAGCUGUGCGCGGUGCCAGGAACAGCCAGGGCCAGCUGAUUUCUGAGCCUUUCCUGCAGCUACCGUCCAGGAAAGACUACCCAGACUACUACCACCAGAUUAGUCAGCCCAUCUGCCUUCAUCAGAUCAAGAACAAGAUGAAAAACAAUGAGUAUGAGAGUGUUGAGCACAUCGACUCUGAUCUGACAUUGAUGUUUGAGAAUGCCAAGCGCUACAACGUUCCUCACUCUUCCAUCUACAAGCGUGCUCUAAAACUUCAGCAUAUUCAGCAGAUGAAGAGAAAGGAGCUUUUACAGAGAGAUGAUGAUGAUGGCGACAGCAUGCUCUCCUCUGCCACCUCUGACACCAGUAGCACAAAAAGAAAAAGUCACAAGAAGAAUACGAAGAAAAACAGGAUGAAAGCUCUCUUUGCUGCUGUGACUGAGGCGCGAGAAGCCGGCACUGGUCGCAGAUUGUGUGACCUCUUCAUGGUCAAGCCUUCGAAGAAGGACUAUCCCGACUACUACAAAGUCAUCCUGGAACCAAUGGACCUGAGGACCAUAGAGCACAAUAUCCGCUCAGACAAGUACCUUACCGAAGACUCAAUGCUGGAAGAUAUGAAGCUGAUGUUCCGCAAUGCACGACACUACAAUGAGGAAGGCUCUCAGGUUUACAACGAUGCAGACGUCCUAGAGAAGAUCAUGAAAGACAAACGCAAAGAGCUUGGCCCAGCAACUGAUGAUGAUGACAUGAUGUCCCCAAAGUUGAAAAUAAGAAAGAACAGCAUUACUCUAAAGAAGUCAAAGUAUUUAACACCUCUACAGCAGAAACUGCAUGAACUGUACGAAGCUGUCAAGAACUACACUGAUAAGCGGGGCCGUCGUCUCAGCACGAUCUUCCUGCGGUUGCCUUCUCGUGCUGAGCUGCCUGACUAUUACAUUGCCAUCAAGAAACCUGUGGACAUGGAGAAGAUCAGGAGCCACAUGUUGGCUAACAAGUACCAGGAUGUAGAUGCUCUGGUUGAGGACUUGGUGCUCAUGUUCAACAACGCCUGCACUUACAAUGAGCCAGAGUCUCUGAUUUACCGCGACGCUCUGUUGCUGCACAGGGUGCUGUUAGAGACGAGGCGUGACCUGGAGGGAGGAGAGGAUGCCCAUGUCCCCGAUGUGCCUCGCCUCAUCCAGGAACUCAUUCGCAGCCUCUUUGUUUCUGUGCUCGGCCACCAAGAUGAUGAAGGACGUUGUUACAGCGAUUCACUCGCUGAGAUCCCAGCUGUUGAUCCCGCUAACCCAGAGAAGCCAUCGCUCAAUUUUGAGAUUAUCAGAAAUAAUGUGGAUCGAGGCCAUUACAAGAGGUUGGAUGUAUUUCAGGACCACAUGUUUGAAGUGUUGGAGAAGGCCAGAAGACUGAAUCGGACAGACUCAGAGAUCUUUGAAGAUGCUGUGGAGCUGCAGCAGUUCUUCAUACGUAUCAGAGAUGAACUGUGUAAGAAUGGAGAGAUCUUGAUGUCCCCAGCGCUCAGCUAUACUUCUAAGCAUCUGCAUAGUGAUGUCGAAAAGGAGAAGAAAGAGAAGCUCCCUAAGGAGUUUGAAGAAGACAAAAUUAAGAGAGAAGAGGAGAAAAUCGAAGCAGAGAAGAGGGAGGAUCCUGUUGGAGGAUCAUGGCAGUCGGGCCUACAGCGCACAUACAGUCAGGACUGCAGCUUCAAGGACAGUAUGUACCAUGUGGGCGACUACGUGUACGUGGAGCCUGCGGAGCCUAACCUCCAGCCCCAUAUAAUCUACAUUGAGCGUCUUUGGCAAGACAACACCGGGGAAAAGUGGCUGUAUGGCUGCUGGUUCUAUAGGCCAAAUGAAACAUUUCAUCUGGCUACAAGGAAAUUCCUGGAGAAGGAAGUUUUUAAGAGUGACUAUUAUAACAAAGCUCCUGUCAGCAAGAUUAUGGGAAAAUGUGUGGUCAUGUUUGUGAAGGAAUACUUCAAGCUUCAUCCUGAAGGCUUCAGAGCGGAGGAUGUUUAUGUCUGUGAGUCCCGUUACUCUGCCAAGUCCAAGUCCUUCAAAAAGAUCAAGAUGUGGACGAUGCCCUUGAGCUCUGUUCGGUUUGUUCCCAGAGAGGUACCCCUUCCUGUAGUCCGUGUGGCAUCCAUUUUUGCCCAGAAACAAGAGGAGAAGCCACCAGAGAUUGCAGAUGAAAGCAAGAUUACAAAUGGUAUAAUAGACAAGGAAAGGGAAGAUGUGCCAUUGGAUGUGACCAAUGGGGAGCCAGGGUGUCAGUACUACGAGCAACUCUGCUACAACAACCUGUGGCUUAAAGUAGCAGACUUCGUUUACAUCGCUUCUCAUGGACUUGUGCCCCAUCGAGUUGGCAGGAUUGAGAAAAUGUGGAUGCGCGAUGGAGCGGGUUACUUUUUUGGUCCCAUCUUUAUUCAUCCUGAAGAAACCGAGCACGAACCCACAAAGAUGUUCUAUAAGAAGGAAGUGUUCCUCAGCAACCUGGAGGAGACUUGUCCCAUGACCUGCAUCAUAGGAAAGUGUGUCGUGUCGUCCUUCAAAGACUAUUUGUCAUGUCGGCCGACUGAAGUGCCUGAAGAGAACGUUCUGCUCUGUGAGAGCCGCUACAUUGAGAGUGAGAAGCAGAUGAAGAAAUUCAAAGGUCUGAAGCGUUUCUCACUCUCUGGGAAGGUGCUGGAAGAUGAAAUCUACUAUUUUAGGAAGCUUAUAGUACCCCAGAAGGAGCCAUCCCCUCUGUUAGAUAGGAAAAUUGAGGAACUGGAAGCUAAGUUUGCUGACAUGACUGAUGAAGAGCUAGAGGAUCUUGGGGAUGAUGAUGGCGAGCUAGGGGACCAGACUCUUCCACAGAUGCAGUCUUCCAUGUCUAGUGACAUGGAUAUCAUGCCUUACACUCCUCCGCAGUCCACACCAAAGUCCAUAAAAGGGCUUUCAAAGAAGGAAGGCUCAAAGAGGAAGAUCAACAUGAGCGGUUACAUCCUGUUCAGCAGUGAGAUGCGAGCGGUGAUAAAAGCUCAGCACCCAGACUUUUCCUUUGGGGAGUUGAGCCGCCUUGUUGGCACAGAGUGGAGGAACCUGGACAGUUCCAGGAAAGCAGAGUAUGAAGAGCGAGCAGCAAAAGUGGCUGAGCAACAGGAACGUGAGAGGGCCCAGCAUCAGACGUCCCCUAGAGCAGGUACCCCAGUAGGGGCACUGAUGGGGGUGGUGCCUCCCCCAACCCCCAUGGGGAUGCUAAAUCCCAGCAUGACGCCUGUGUCAGAAGGUAGGAUGGGUGCAUAUAGGUCAGCUAUGAUGCCCCUGCAAGGACAUGUUGAAGGCAUGGUUAGUAUGACUGGCAUACCACCACAUCACAUGGGGGUGCCUGUCUUUCCCCAACAUCUCCUGCGCGUUAUGCCUGGGUUCCCUGGAAUACCAUACUUUGGUAUCAAUGGAGUAGGUGGACCUGGAGCAGGAAGUGUUCAUGGAUCUCAGAUGGGUUUGGUUGGCCCAGGACAGCAGGCUCCACCACCGUACCCUGGUCAGGCUCAGAUGGGACAACCUGCACUGCAGCAGCCAUCCACCCCAGUGUUUGUGUCCCCGCCUGCCAAAAAUCAGCGGGUGCUCCACUCUGAGGCUUACCUGAGAUACAUCGAGGGCCUUACAGCAGAAUCCUCAACUGUUAGCAAGUGGGACCAAGCUCUCUCAGUUCAAAAACAAGAUGUGCGUUUGACAAAAGAGCAAGAGAGCAGACUGCCGUCCCACUGGCUGAAGAGUAAGGGCGCCCACAAGACAAUGGCAGAUGCACUUUGGCGACUACGUGACCUAAUGCUGCGGGAUACCCUGAACAUCCGUCAGAUGCACAACCUGUAGCAUGCUCAUACUGCGAGCCUCUGUUCCGAAACCUGUGAGACAGGAUGAGGGUUAAGCUCACUAAAAAGUCUUUACUUUGUGUUGUCAUAAUAAAAAGAAAUGUUUGCAUUCAUACAAGCUGCUUUCUGUGUUGAUGCUGUUUUCUGUUUUACAGUUUAAAUAUGCUGUUCAAAGUGCAUUAUUGUUAAUGACUGUCAUUCUGUACUGAAGGAUUUCACGCGUUCACAAUUAAAAUGUGAAGAGUUCA